AUGGGGACACCGCGUGGUGCAACGGCUAUACCUAGCUAUUACUGGAAGGCGGGUCCUUCUUGUACACAUCACGUCGACGUGAAAAAUAACAAAGGGAUAAUAGUGCGACAGAUCCCCAAAGCAUUUAUGACAUUACUGCGAAUGUCCUCCGCUAACUUUGGCCUUAUGCGCACAAGUCUAGUCUUGAAAACACUCACGAAUAGAAGUGUGGAGCAUAAUCCUUGA